UGUAACUCUCUCUGUCUGCCCAUCACCACUAACCAGCCUUCUAGCCUUGAAGCAGUCAAAGAGUCAAACACUUCCUCUGCAGCUCGACUUUAGCCUCAUGGUGACACACGAACACACGACGAAGCGACGAGACAAGGAGACUAGGAGAUCAUCAGCGCCCCCUGCUGUGGUCCUCCUGUACUCUUGUACUGUCCCACCAGCCUUUUUUGUUGACAUUCAACGACAUGGAAGAAUGUUGUCCACGUCAUCUCCAGUUUUCGCAUUCGUCAUUUAUUCCCGGUAACUUUCAAGCUUUCAAACAGGCAGCAGACGAGAAGCUAAGAAGAAGAGCACGAUGUCGGCGUGGGACUUCUACCAGGGCGACUCGUCCGAGGACAGCACGGAAGCGCCUCAAGAUGUCCCAGUAGUCUACACAACCUUGUCGGCAAACGAGGUUGGCGUUCUUGCGCGCGCGUAUUUGCAAGCAGCCACAGCAGAGUACACGAGCCUUCUGAAGGGCACCCAGGAAGACGACGAUUCACAAUACCAUGCCUUCGCCAAGAAGAUCCGAACAAUUGCCACCAAGAAUGGGAUUGAAGUCCUUCCAGUGUGGCGUGCCCCCCAGAAACCUGCCACAAGGACAUACCUCGACAACAUGAUGGAGUUGUCCUUCACGGAAGACAUCAAGACCAUGCUGCAGGAAAUCCGCAGAGUGGUGGACACGAAGAAGACGGACGAGACACAGGUGACCUUCGACGAGGCGGAAACCUUCCUUCGUCGUCUUGAUGAAGUCGCACGCAAAGGACCGGCCGAGUGCAACGAGUUGGGACAGUUUCGACAAGCUGCGGUGACCUUUGUAGACCCCCGCAAUGCCGCCAAGGAGAAGGAAAAGGACGUGGACGUGGCCCACAAAACAGUUUAUGCGCAGCCGUUCUCGGCCGAGCUUCUCUGCCCUGAUUGGCACCUGCACAAUGAGUGGUUCCAAGUGGUCAAACACAAGGACAAACCCCUGCACUUUGCUGAUGCCUUUUGCACGCCCGAGACGCUCUUCAACGACCGCAUGCAAGCGCCCCUCGUCAGGGCGUGUGGUGAUGCAGCAGUGUACGUCAAGAGCCACGCGUCGUUUGAGGCCGACCCCGCUGUUGUCGUUCACUAUGCUGUGCGUCUGGCCUCGAACCUUGACUGCAACCCACUGUUGAUUGAUCUCAAGACCCGUGACAGCCGGCGGGCACAGGAUGCUGCCAAGGCGCAGGUGCUGGAGUACGCAGCAAAGGCCAUCAAGUCCGCAGGCCCGGAGUGGCGUGACUUGAAGGGGUAUUUGUUCCCCUUUGCCAUCACUGUCUGCAUGUAUAAAGUGUCCGUGUACGCGUGCACGCUGGGCGAGGAGAUGCACGGUGGCGAGGCCUUUCCCAGUGUCCUUUACACAAAACUUGGCGACAUCGACCUGAGCAGGCUUGGGUAUGUCAUUGAGUGGCUGCUCGACGAAGAGCACAUGGCGCAUUACGAGAAUGUUUCCGCCAUUGCCCAGGUAGCCGGGACGAGAGGCCCUGCCCCCUCAGCCCCAGCACUUGCGCCUGAGACGACAGCCACAACUGCUGGCUUCUCGGACACGCCUUCCUCGACAACCACCCACACCACCAGCACCAGCAACAAGGAAGAAGCAGCCCAGGCAGAAUCCACGCCACCACAGCAGGCUGUCGACACGCAGUGCAGCACAAAGACAGCCAAGGCCGAAGCCAAGGCCAAACCCACACCGCAUCAGGGCCGGGGCCAGCAGGCAAAGGCACGCAGACCGGUAACUCGCGGCGCCUCCAGAGUGUCACAAACACGCAGCGGCGGGCCUGCUGGCGCGGUCGUGAAGAAAGUCGUGAAGAAUACUGACCACUCCGCACCAGCAACCGCAAAGCAGCAGCGGCAGCGCCAGCAAGCGAAGACACGCCAAGCCGCAAGUCGCGCCGUCUCGAGGAGCACGCCAGCAAGACCGGGUACCGGGCGUAGCCGCGCGCUGAAGGAGACCCGCCCGACCACAGCCGCAACCGCACGGCGACGGCGUCAGCAACCCAAGACAGGCAAAGCCACAACACCAUCCACAACACCAUCCACAACACCAUCCACAACAACAUCUCGUUCCGCCACCAGAACAGCCCCAACAAGAACACCAAGCACCAAGGCAGACACCAAGACUGACACAGCAGGCAGCAGCAAGGCUGAGCAGCGUCAGCAUGCAGUCACCAAAGGGGCAAGGGCCAGGUCAGCCAAAAUCGCCACGAGAUACGAGAUGUGCGUCUACAAAGGCGGUAAAGACACGGCCGCGGUUGCACUGGUAAACGGCAAGAUGCUGAAGGUGUGUGGCGGCCACUGCAUUGAUGCUGAUGAUGAGGUGGACAGCGAGCUGCAGGCCUGGCAACUGCUCUAUCCAGACGAAACGGUGGAAGUGCACAAGCGGUCGCGCCCCGUCCUUGCCUUUCCCCACCUAGCGCCGACCAAAAAAGGCACGGGCAUCAAGGGCAAGGAGGCGCUUACAGCUGCUGCUGAAUACCUCCUUGUGUUGUCGAAGAACAAUCUGUGUCACAUGGACAUCCGCUCUCACAACAUCCUGCCCAACGGCCGCAUCGUGGACUUUGGUUUCCUCUGCGAACCUGAUGAGCAGCUUCCCGGAUCCUUUUACACAGCGCUGCGGGAGCGCCCUCGGCGUGUGCUGCAUGGCAACGCACGAACCAUAACCACGGAAGUUGUUCUGGACUGGGAGUCGCUGCUGUUCUCGUACGUGUUCUCGCCUGGUACCGUCCGAUCUGCCAUGCUCCGGCUGCUUGAGAGCAAGGCGAUCCUCCUGCAGUGGCUGGCAGACAAGCGGGCUGAGCUCUUGGACAACGACGACGACAAGGACACGGCAAAGCUGCUGCACGAGAUUAUGCAGCACGUUGCUUAUGUGUACUUUUGAGCUUGACGCGUGGGUUGCGGUUGCGUGCCAUGCAGCUUGUACUUUGGACGUGUUUGUGUUGUGUGUGUGUGUGUGGUGCGGG